UGUCUUAUCAAUCUACGCAGUCAAAAACUGUGACUUUUGAUUAAUAGAUCAAUCAUUGGUAAUUAUUUUUAUCAAGUUCUUAGAUAAAAACACAUCCAUUGAUUUCUUUCAAAAGCGUUUAAGGACAUUAUUGUCACUAGUCCGGGACAGACGGUCCUACUUGCAGUACAAGUCCCAAAACGGAGACCAAAACAAUUGAUUCUUAAAAUGACGGACACAAAGACGGAGAGUAUCACAAAUGGAUUGGAGGCAAAUGUGGCUGAGAAACCAGUAGACUUAGAUGAUGUGCUUACUAAUGAACUGGGACAAUUUGGACGAUUUCAGCUCAGGAACAUGCUCUUGGUAGCGGUGCCACUUAUCAUGUCGGCAUUUAUGAGUGAAUUCAUUUUUUCAGCAGCUGCAAUUCCACACAGAUGUCGGAUACCGGAGUGUGGUGAAAAAAGCAAUUUAGAAGAUUUUGAACCUGAAUGGAUUUUAAACGCAGUUCCUGAAACAAGCACAGGAUUCGACAGUUGUCAAAGAUUCACUCCACACGGUCUGAGUAUCAAUGGUACCUUGGACCAUUGUCCUGCUCAUCUCUUCAAUCAAUCCUCUACAGUGGGUUGUGAUGGAUUUGUUUAUGCUAGAGACAAUUCAGUUGUAUACGAUUUCGAUUUAGGGUGCCAGGAAUGGCUUCGAGCAUUGGCAGGAACUUUAAACAGUGUGGGAACACUAUUGGUACUACCUAUUACUGGCUACAUCUCAGAUCGCUUUGGCCGCCGCAUUGCUCUCGUCAUAAGCGUGUUAAAUCUGGCUACUAUCGGAGUUAUUAGAGCAUUUUCUGUUAAUUAUACAAUGUAUAUGAUAUUACAAAUUGUCCAAACAACAUUAGGAGCUGGGACAUUCAGUUCUGCUUAUAUAUUUGCUGCUGAACUCGUCGGCCCGAAAUACCGCGUGUUAGCAAGUGCGACAUCAACAUCGAUGUUUGCGGUGGGCCAAGUUGUAAUGGGCGGUGUGGCUUGGCUGGUCCAACCUUGGCGAUACAUGAUCUUAGCCUUACAUGUUCCGUGUUUCCUGAUAAUAAGUUACUACUGGAUACUCAGCGAGAGUGUGAGGUGGCUCCUUUCAAAGAAGAAGUUUGAAGAAGCUAGAGUGGUGUUAGAAAAGGUUGCCAGAGUUAAUAGAAAAGAAAUAAGCGAGAAGUCGAUGGCGGGACUUAUGAAUCCACCUCAAGCGGCCCUUCCGGAAGGUGUAAAAGAAGAAGAAAAACCAAACCUUAUCAAAAGUAUAAUCCGUUCGCCAACAUUACUGAGACGAGUGUGUACCACGCCCAUCUGGUGGAUCACUACCACAUUCGUCUACUACGGACUCUCUAUCAAUUCCACCAGUCUCUCUGAUACUAUAUACUUAAACUACAUACUGACCUGCGCCAUUGAAAUUCCUGGAUUCUACACCGCUGUUUUGAUCCUGGACAGAAUUGGCAGAAAAGCGACUUUGUCAAUUGCGUACUUCUUCAGUUCAGCUUGUAACAUUGCUUUUGUGUUUAUUCCUACCGAUUACUACGCUGUACGUUUAGUUAUAUUUUUACUGGGCAAGUUCGGCAUAUCGACUGUGAUGACGUCUGUGUAUCUUUACACAUCUGAACUUUACCCGACGGAGUUCCGGCACACUCUGCUCGCGUUCUCAUCCAUGGUCGGCAGAAUUGGAUCUAUUACAGCGCCUCUCACACCUGUGCUUAUGGAUUACUGGCACGGCAUCCCGUCGGUUUUGUUCGGAGGUAUGGGUAUCCUGUCCGGUCUUCUCGUCUUGACGCAGCCUGAGACGCUCGGCACCAAAAUGCCUAAUACCCUAGCAGAAGCAGAGGCUCUUGGUAAAACGGAGUCGAACUUACAAAACGCAAGAUAAUCCAAUCGCCAUAACCUUAAUUUUAAUGAUCUUUCUUAGCAUAUC